AAUCAAUGGGCUCCGGCAUAAAACAUUGGGCCUUAUAGUAAGGCCCAUAAGUACAGAAUCUAGCUCGCUACGUGGCAAAGCUUCACCGCUCGAAAGAGAGGAAUCUAUAUAAAGCGUAUAGAUGCUAAAAGUUUCAUCUUCAAAACAACACCUUGAGAUUUCCGAAGAUCAAAUCCAAAACCCUAGAACCACAAAAGCUAGCAGCAGCGAGGACUAUUCAAUGGCGUCGAAAAGAAUUAACAAGGAGCUUAGGGACUUGCAAAGAGAUCCUCCUGUGUCAUGCAGUGCCGGUCCUAUGGGAGAUGAUAUGUUCCAUUGGCAAGCAACUAUCAUGGGUCCAACAGAUAGCCCGUUUGCCGGAGGUGUGUUUCUUGUUACCAUUCACUUCCCUCCAGAUUACCCCUUCAAGCCACCAAAGGUUUCCUUCCGCACCAAGGUUUAUCACCCAAAUAUCAACAGUAAUGGAAGUAUCUGUCUUGACAUUCUCAAAGAGCAGUGGAGCCCUGCACUUACCGUAUCCAAGGUUCUUCUGUCGAUAUGCUCAUUGCUGACGGAUCCAAACCCUGAUGAUCCUUUGGUUCCUGAAAUAGCUCAUAUCUACAAGACAGACCGAGUCAAGUACGAGUCUAUGGCUCAAUCCUGGACCCAGAAGUAUGCAAUGGGAUGAUAACUAGCAAUAAUACCCACACCAGUACAUUGCGCAUUAAACAUGAGAAAUAAGAAAAGAAAAAACUGAAUUUGGAUUUUUCUUUUGGCUACUUUUGCCUAUUAGUUUUUUUUUUUUAUAUCUUGAAGCCGUGUGUUGGGUGUGUGUGUACAUGAGCUUUAUUAUGCCUUAUUUGAAACAUUGAGAUCUUGCAAUGCUUUAAGCCAAUAAUCUGCUGUCAUGAUAA